UCUGCCUCUUCUGCAGCAGCCCAUAAUACCUGACAGGGCUCUCUGUGGAGAUCUGAGCAGAGGUGUCUGUUGUGAGAACAGAGCCCGAGGGAGAGGGCAGUGCAGAGCCAUGAACCUCAUCCUGGAAUUUCUCCUCCUGGUAGGCAUCAUCAUCUACUCCUACCUGGAGUCACUGGUAAAAGUCUUCAUUCCCCGGAGAAGGAAAUCUGUGGCCGGGCAGACGGUUCUCAUCACGGGGGCCGGACACGGAAUAGGCAGGCUGACUGCAUAUGAAUUUGCAAAGCAGAAAAGCAGACUGGUCCUAUGGGAUAUCAAUAAGCGUGGUGUUGAGGAAACCGCGGACAAAUGCAGGAAACUGGGGGCCGUCGUGCACGUGUUUGUGGUGGACUGCAGCAACCGGGCCGAGAUUUACAACUCUGUGGAUCAGGUAAAGAGAGAAGUAGGUGAUGUCGAGAUCGUGGUAAACAACGCCGGGGCGAUAUAUCCAGCAGACCUACUUAGUGCCAAGGAUGAGGAGAUCACCAAGACCUUUGAGGUCAAUAUCCUCGGACAUUUUUGGAUCAUCAAAGCACUCCUUCCAUCGAUGCUGAGAAGAAACUCUGGCCACAUUGUCACAGUGGCUUCGGUGUGCGGCCACGGAGUGAUUCCUUAUCUUAUCCCUUAUUGCUCCAGCAAGUUUGCUGCUGUGGGUUUCCACCGAGCACUGACUGCAGAACUGGACACCUUGGGAAAAAACGGUAUCAAAACCUCGUGUCUCUGCCCUGUGUUCGUGAAUACUGGCUUCACCAAAAACCCGAGUACAAGGUUAUGGCCUGUAUUAGAGCCAGAAGAAGUUGCAAGGAGUCUGAUCAAUGGAAUACUUACCAACAAGAAAAUGAUCUUCGUUCCAUCCUAUAUCAAUAUUUCUCUGAUCCUGGAAAAGUUUCUUCCUGAGCGUGCCUUAAAAGCUAUCAGUCGUAUACAGAACAUUCAAUUUGAAGCAAUUGUGGGCCACAAAACCAAGAUGAAGUAGUGCAUGCAGAGACGUGUGGACACCAAUGAUGUGAAGCCAAGUUUAGAGGGGACACACAGCUUUCUUUCACAUGUUUUAAGUGUUCCACAUGUUUAACAUGUAGGCUUGACCCUAGCAGCCAUUGAGUGAAUAAGCAUGGUCAACUGUCCUCUGGUUUCCUAUACUUAUAGAUGUAUCAGCUCCUGGUAGUGGGUUCUGGCAAUGGAUAUGUAAAAGAGGGAAAAGGCAAUCCGUGUGUUUUUAUAAAAUAAAUUACUAAAUAGAAAUGUGGGCAAAAGGGCAAGAUAAUAAAGUCUUGGGCAAAUGUUGGCA